AUGAGGCUCGAUGACAGCAGCAGCCAGUCAGCUAUCAGCAACCAGGGACCACAGGAACCCAGUGUGUCCAGGUCCUGGUCCUCGGUGUGUGAAGGACACUUGGACCUUCAUGGUGCCCAGGUGGUCUGUAGGGAGCUGGGCUGUGGGGCUCCUGGGCUCCUCCAGGGGGCGCUCUAUGGAGAAGCAGAGGCUCUUGUGGUGCAGACGUUCCAAUGUAAAGGCCAUGAAUCUGCUCUGCUGGACUGUGGAAGCGCAGGGUCAGAGACCUGCUCAUCUGGAACAGCUGUGGACCUUACCUGCACAGAUCCUGAUGAUGUCAGACUGGUGGGAGGAACCAGUCGCUGUAAUGGUGUAGUAGAGAUCAAACAUCAUGGAGAAUGGAGAUACAUGGGAAAUGAAUAUUAUUAUUCUGACCCGUGGACCCUGAAGGCAGCAGAUGUCAUAUGUCGUCGACUGGACUGUGGAUCUGCUGUUUCUGGGAGAAGACCUGGUUCAUCUGAUCAUGUGUGGUCCAUCCGCCCCACCUGUCUUCUCUCUACAUCUACACUGAGGGACUGUGUGAGAACAGAUCCUGACUCCAGAAGCUCCCCCCUGUUCCUCACCUGUUCAGCAUGUUUUCUGGUUUUCCCUAUGUCGCGUCCCGACCCGGUCCAAGAGCACCAUGGACCCAGUCCGGGCGCACUUCGGACCCGGUCCGGGCUCACCUCAGACACGGUCCGGGCUCAUCUCAGACACGGUCCGGGCUCACCUCAGACACGGUCCAAGCUCACCUCGGACCCGGUCCCAGCUCAUCUUGAACCCGGUGCGAGUGCACCACGGACCGUCGGGACGCGACGUAGGGAACACCAGAAGACGUUGUGCAGGAAAAUGAUAAUCAUUAAGAAGAAUUGCUAA